AUGGUGUGGGCUUUCCAGCCACAAAAACGGCCAACUGCUAAGGAGAUCGUGGUGGUCAUGGAGUCCUUGCACGAUCAGCUAAAGAGGCAUGUACCUCCUGAUGAACUACAUUUGAGCCGUCCUACGCAGAACAAAAACGACAAGGGCGAGGAAGAUGACAAAUGGCUGGAAGAGCAGGAAGAUUUGGCAUCAUAUGAUCCAUCUGAAGAGCAGAAUCGCCUUCACAAUGGCAUUGAAGCGAGUACCAGCAGAGCUUGUUCCAAUGGAUCUCUGGAUGGAAAAUCGAUUGAUGGGGUCGGUAUUUCCACAAUUAGAGCUUCACCGAGCCUGAGUUCGAUCUCUCGAGCGGUUUCGUCUAUAACAGAUUCGGUGGAUCGACUGGCCAACGCUUUCAAUUCCAAUAUGAAGCACGAUGAAUUCGUUACCAGUAUCAGAGUAGAACUGACUGAGUCAUUGAUAGGGAACGAUAUGAGGCAGAUGGGCAAAGUUGUUCAGCAGGUUGUCGAUAACAUAAAUAACCCGUCCUAUCACGUCUAUCGUCGUGAGGUGGUUCGUAUUGCAAAGGAACUGGCGACAAAUUGUACAAACUUCUUGGCUCUAUUUGAAAAUCGAAAUCGUGCGCAAUUGCCUGAUUUUCGAGCUGUUCUUUCAGACUGUUAA